AUGGCCGACAUUAAGACUGCCGCCACCGAAACCUCCAUUGGCUUCCGCAAGAAAUACUCGUCCGAGUGUCGAGCGGAAUACCGCCAGACGCUGCAGCUCUUCGACGAGGGUCAAUUCGAAGAAGCCAUCGAUGCUGCCAGGACCAGAGUGAUGGACGCGUGGCUUCCGCAUUUCUGGCAACUCAAGUACUGCAUCAUAAUCAUACGCUCGUUGGACAGCUGGGAUAGAGCUGAGAAAUAUCUCGAAAUCGCAGACGAAGUAUGGCAGGCCACUUUCCGGGACAGUAAUAAUUCUGCGCAGAGCUCCCUGGGUCAACUACGCAAAGAUCUGGACAAUAUUCGUGCAGAACAAGAUGAGCAGCGCCCCGACGAGCUCGAGGGCGAAGAGAAAGUGACGGGCGAGGUGGAGUACAAGGAAGAAAAGACCAACGCUCCGUGGCUGAAUGAAUACCACCGUGACAUCUGGCGGUCUCGCAAUAAGGAUACGGUCGUGGAGAUGGUGCACACUCUUGACAACCUGGCUAUCGGGGUCAUGCGAAGGACUUGUAAGGCAGAAUCCGAGGGUUCCGAGCACGAUGAUGAUGAAGAGGACGGGACGACAGGAAAAGUGACGGCACCAGAUGCAUCGCAGGCUGCGGAGGAUAUACGGGCUCGGGAUGCGCAAUCGAUGGCAGAAGAUCAGAAUAGAGUCCAGGAAUUGCACGAUGAGCGGGAUUCCCUUCCUCGAUACUGGCAAUUGACGUAUUGCAUGGAGAUCGUCAAGGCAGCGAUGGACGAAGCCACAUACGAGAAAUACCGUGGUCUCAUGUUGGACCUUUGGCAGGCCAUUUUGAGGUUUUCGGAGAAAUGGGGCGGCCCGGAGGCCUAUGAGGAGAAGCUCUGGCCUGAGCUCUGGAGCGAGAUCAGCUUCUGGCGCAAGGAGACCUUCGAUAAGCACCGCCCUCCCCGUACGAAUCGAGAAGCCCUCAUGCACGUAACGUCGCCCAGAUUGGAGCAUGCACUCGACGACCUUGUGACUCAGUUUCUGCGCGGCACAUGCGGAAGCAAGUCGAUCAAUGAAGCAAUCGCAGAAAUUAAUGACGGUAAGCCGCAUGCACGAGACUCGUCUGUCGACGAAAUUUGGCUCGAUACGGAGCAGCGCAUACUGUUCGACGACAACGAAAUUAUCGGCGCAGCACCUGUUCACAAGCCUGGCCCCUCGGCUGCGCUCGACUUGAAAUUUGCAGCGAAAGACACCACUGGAGAGCGGUAUCUGGAAUUCGGGCAGUUGCUCAAGAAUUUACAGCAACAGCACAAGCAGUUCAAGGAAGCACUUCCCCGAUCUGGGGGAGACCAGGAGAAAAAGCAUGCGGAAUCGAAGGUCCAACAGGCGGAAAGAGAGGCCGAGGUGGAGCAUAUUUGGGAGCAAUGCGUGGCUCGUCGAGUGCGCUGCGCAUACCGCAUACCAACGUGCAAGUUGGAGCAUGUCGGGGACGACGAGUCUGUCGCCGAGUACACUCCAGAAUCGUCGGUAGUUGGCACUCCGGCCCACUCAGAGAAUGGCUCCACGCCGGGCAUUGACUCGGACGCAUCAGACCACGACAAGCGCAGAACUGAAGAAGCGCAGUGGGCAGAAGCUCAUGAGAAGCGCAAAAAUGAAGAAGCGCAGUGGACAAAGGUGCGCGAGGCGAAAAAGACCGAGUACGACAACUCGGGCCCAAGGCUUGCGACUGGGUUCAUGAGAUGCAUGAAAGAUGAGACUCGCAUGCAGAAAAGCAGUGGUACCAAUUCUGGGGAAAAGGAAGAGAAGAAGUUGCGGAUCUCCGACCUGGACAUCGACGCAGAACCCGCAAAGCCCGAGCAGACUCUCGAAGAUGGCAGCUCGCAACGAGACGAAAUCGAGCGACUCAAGGUGGCCUUAGCAGUGGCAACGGCCAAGGCGAAGACUGCGAACGGAAAGAGCAAGGCCAGCUGGACAAGGUCCAGGGAUCUUCUCUUGCGGCAGCGGAAAGCCCGCGAGGGUUUUCUGUGCCGGCUCGAGCGAGAGUUGGAGAAUCAUCGAACGCAGGCAACACGCAUCGAGACUCGCAUCAAGGAGCACAAAUUGGCCAGUGCAAUUGCAGACCGUGAAGCGGCUGCCCAGCUCAAGGAGAUUGAAGACGAUUUGGCAGCGCUGUGA